GCAGCCCUUCUUUCCUUUUCCGCGUGACAGUUGCAAUAAAAAAUUUUUUUUCCAACAUUUUUUUUAUCUCGAUAGUUUUAUCUCACCUACCUAGUUCUUUCGAAAAGUCGUACAUGCAUGAUAAGCUUGUACAUAACCACAAAACCUGAAUGAAGAGAAGGAAAAUUUUACACCUUGGACACCUGUUCACAAAAAAAAAAUCUAUCUUCCAGAGAGUUUUAAAAAUGUCUAACAUGUGAAAAUAAAUAAGUAAAUUAUAUUAUAGAAACACGUACUUUUUGAAGGCAUAUAGAAGGCUUAUUCUCUGUCGCUGAAUUGAAAACUUCGAAGAUUAUAUAUAUUUUUCAUUUUAAGUACAACGAGCGUACAGUAGUUUAACUACAAAGAAUGGAUCUAAAAAAGUCUAGAAAUUUCUGUGGUUUGGAAGAUACAAUUGGCAAUGAGACGAUCAAUAUAUGCAUCAAAAUUUGAUAUUUGUCAGUACAUUGGACGGGAAGAUAUCAACCAUCAAUGUUACCACUGGUGAGAAACUGUGGACUGUGGACUUUAACAAUGGACCAAUAUUGUCAUCCAGUAUUCAUACCAGAGAACUUAGUGAUAAUGGACAAUGGAUACGUUUGAUUCCAUCUUUGAAUGGUAAUUUGUAUAAGUUUGAUGGAGAAAAUUUGGAACCAAUGCCGAUUACGGCAGAUCAGUUGUUGCAUUUAUCGCUUCGUUUCUCCAGUUUAGUCUUUUCUGGUGGUCAAGAACUACAUUCUUAUGGUAUAUCAGUCAAUACCGGAAGCAUUUUAUGGAAAAAUGAGUGUACUGGCGUUUCUGGUUGCAACAACAAGACAAAUCGUCAUGAACAACAUUUAGAGCAAGAUAUGAUUAUUAUUCAACGUUUUCAACAAACUGUGCGAGGUAUAGAAAGUCGCACAGGUAAUGAAAGAUGGAACUUCAGUGUUGGACAAUAUGAAUUGAAGCUAGAUUCUAUUGCAAAUGUUUCGUGUUCCAAUGAAGUCACUCCUUUAGAUAUAGAACUUAAAGUUGUUAUUCCAGAAGGUUUGAUUUGGGCUGUCAAGAAGACUGAUCCUAGCAUUACGUUAUGGAAAUACAAGUUUGAUUCUCCAAUUGUUACAAUAUGGCGCGGGGACGCAUCCAAAAUUUCUAUCACUUCGGAAGAACCUUCUGUGGAAGGACCUUCUCCUUUGGAAAAAAUUGAUUUAUUUGAUAGUUCUCAGUGGAUCUGGGGAUCGAAAUAUUCUGCAAUUAGACCAGGUUUAUAUUUAGGCAUGCAUGAGAGACAAUUAUAUGUGCAAGAAAGUAACAGGAAUUUGUUAGAUUCAAAGUAUAAUCAAUAUAUAAAAUAUCCAUGGCAACCACAUCCAGCAGCUAUAACUGCUGUUACAAAUAUUAUAUCAAAUGAAGAUAACAAUGAUGAAGUUUCCAUUGAAAAAAAUGAGACACAGAACGCAAUCGCAUUGUCUGUAUUAUAUAAUUCAGAAUAUAUUAAUGGCAAUGGAUUUUACUUAUAUUCAAAUGAAGUACCUAAUAAGUGUAAUCGUAGCAAUCCUAAUGUUCUACUUAUCACUGACAUCCAUGAAACAUCCAUGCAAAAUUAUCCCGAAGAGAAAUCUACCGAAAAGGACGAUACACUCCUUGAAUUUUCACUUUGGUAUUCGCCUUGGUGGAAGGAACUUUUAUUACUUAUUAUUACGGUUACCUUUCUAUUGAAUCUUUAUAUGAUACGUUUUGAUAGAACAUUUAAUGCAACAUUACCCAUUGAAAAUGCUAUACCUCCGCCUUUUAUAGUUGAGACACAUAUAGAAACUAAAAGAGAAAGUGACAUAACAAAUGAUGAUGGUGAAAACGUGAAUAAUUUUAAGUCUCGUUACUUAACGGAUUUUGAGCCAAUUGAUUGCUUAGGAAAGGGAGGAUAUGGCGUGGUCUUUGAAGCGAAAAACAAAAUUGAUGAUUGCAAUUAUGCUAUUAAAAGAAUUGCUUUGUCAAACAGCCAAGAAUCAAGAGAUCGCGUCAUGAGGGAGGUAAAAGCAUUAGCUAAGUUGGAUCAUCACAAUAUUGUGAGAUACUUUAACGCUUGGCUGGAGUGUCCUCCCAGUGGAUGGCAAGAAGGGCACGAUCAACAGUGGAUUAACAAACUAAAAUGUUCAACUGACUUUAUUUCGGAAGUAACUCAGACCGAGACAAAACCUAAUUCUGUAUAUAUUGAUGUUUCACAGUCAUCUGUAGAAAGUGCUUGUGAAGCGUUAGAAUUGAAUAACGUGGACACGAAGGAUGAUUCAUACAUUGUAUUUGAAGGGACAAAUGAAAAGCAAUAUGACAACGACUCGAUUUGCAUUAAGACUUACAGUACCGAGAAUUCGGACUUAUCCGUUUCGAAAAAUACAACUGAAAACGAAUUGUCUAAUGUUAACGAAGCCGAUCAUUCCGAAAGUAUUGUGUUUGAAGAAACUCACAAUAAUGAAAGUAUUGUCUUCGAAGAAAAUGAUAAUGAAACUGAUAAUGUUGUGGCAAGAAAAAAACGCCAAAAAUCGUUUUCCUUAGAUUUAAAUAAGAAGCCGAAUACCGAGAAGUCGGCGAAAAUGUUCCUAUACAUACAGAUGCAGCUGUGUCAGAGACUUAGUUUGAGAGAAUGGCUGAAGCAGCACACGUCAGCAAGAGAUUUUUCUCGAGUAUUAAAUAUCUUUCAACAGAUAGUGGAUGCCGUGGAGUACGUCCAUCUGCAAGGAUUAAUUCAUCGAGAUUUAAAGCCAUCGAAUAUAUUUUUUGCUUACGACGAUAAAAUAAAGAUCGGCGAUUUUGGCCUCGUGACCGCAAUGACCGAGAGUUGCGAUAAGGUUCAUACACCUGGAAUUGAAAAUGAGAAUGUUUCUUUGAAAAACAACGUGCAUACUGCCCACGUUGGCACGCACUUGUACAUGUCACCUGAGCAGAUGAACGGCCAAAUUUACAACUAUAAAGUAGAUAUUUAUUCGUUAGGAAUAAUCUUCUUUGAGCUCCUUAUACCAUUUUUUACUGACAUGGAGAGAGUAGUAGCGCUAUCGAAUGUUAAAAACUCCAUUUUUCCGAAAGACUUUGCGGAGAACUAUCCGGCUGAGUACACUUUGCUCAAGAUGAUGUUGGAUGAGAACCCCAAUAAGCGACCUACAACCUUAGGUAUUAAAGCGAAGCCUCCGUUGCAGAAUUAUGAAGUAGUUGAUUUUAAUAUAGAUAAAGAUUCAAAAUGGCAUUUCGAACUGCCGCAACUGAGUAGACAUUCCUCUGUCACUAGCAGUAACAGCAGCGGGGAGUUGCUGGAGAACAUAAAUUAAAUAUACGAGUUACAAAUAUUUUUGUAACAUUUUAUUACUUACGAAGUAAAGAGCUGUAAAUUAUU